CUAAAAUGGCUGAAGAAGAUGUAUGUGAAUUCAUGAGUGAUCCUGGUAGAUUGUGUAUACCAACUCAGUAUACUUGGAUCGAUUGAUUUUUAGGACCAGGGAUUGGAAAAGAUUUUGUUGUACGUUGAUGGGAUCGAAUUUUUCAUCGACGAACGACAACAAAAUUUUUUUCGAUUGCCAUCUCCACAUAAAAAGUGUAUAUAUAUAUACACUUUUUGUUAUUUACGAACUGAUACUAACUUAUUCUAGCACACUUUCGAAACCGCUGAUGCUGGUGCCGCUUUAACUUACCCAAUGCAAUGUUCUGCUUUGAGAAAGAACGGUCACGUUGUUAUCAAGAACAGACCAUGUAAAAUUGUCGAAAUGUCUACCUCUAAAACUGGUAAGCACGGUCACGCUAAAGUCCAUUUAGUCGCCAUUGAUAUCUUCACUGGUAAAAAAUUAGAAGAUUUAUCCCCAUCUACCCACAAUAUGGAAGUUCCAAAUGUUUCCAGACAAGAAUAUCAAUUAAUUGAUAUCGAUGAUGGAUUUUUAUCUUUAAUGACCGCUGAUGGUGACACCAAAGAUGAUGUCAAAAUUCCAGAUGGUGAUUUGGGUGAAGAUAUUCAAUCUGGUUUUGAUGAUGGUAAAGAUUUAUUAGUCACCAUUAUCUCUGCUAUGGGUGAAGAAGCUGCCAUUUCUUGUAAACCAGCUCCUCAAUCUUAAGUUGAUUAAAAAGUAGUUAAAUAGCUGUUUUUUUAUUAUUACUUUUGUUUCUAUUAUAUAAAUAUUUUUGAUUUAUCAAGAUUCUGCUUUUAC